GUCAGUAGCGCCCCAGCGCCCGCCGACGCCGGACGUCGUCUGCGACAGCAGCGCAGCGUCUACGUCACGCCACGACACGGCGCGCUACGACGCCGGCACACUGAUGCGCGUCGUCGGCGCUCGCUGACGCCAUGUAGUGCUUCAGUACGUAUGUGACGGGUAGCUGUGGCGAGGGUAUUUUGAUUCUGGGCCAAUAGAAUAGCAGGAAGCAACAACUUGCCUGUAAUAAGCUUCGUGAAUUACCGUAGUUGUCAAGAGAAUCUUUUGCGUGGAUGUACUGAGGUCGGCGUCAGGUGCACAGAAGCUUCUAACCUUUCACCAGUCGCAGUGAUUGCCCCGUAUAAGAUGCGCUGAAGUGGUCCCCCGACGCCCCAUGGAGGCCCCCCAGCCGCAGCUGCAACCGCAGGCGCAGGUGCCGCGGCCGGCGCACAUGCCCGCGCCGCUGGAGCACGGCGCCGCCAGCAGCGACGAGGACAACUCGCCUACCGAGCUCAACUCUUGCCGCCGCCUCGCCGACAAGCCACCGCUCGUCAAGCGCCUCGACUGCCUGCCCACCCCCAACGACGGUGGAGGCGGGGACGCGCCGGGGGGCGGCGGGGGCGACGUGGGCGGCGUGGUGGGCGGCGGACCGCUCAUCUCGCGCAAGCUACCGCUCGACGACGACCCGCCCUGCUGGAACGCCGCGCCUCUGCCCGCGCCGCCCUCCGCCCCCGCGCCCGCCUCUCCCGCAUUGCCGACUGCGCCCCCCGCCCCUCACGACACGAGUCAGCCACCCCUGCCUCCGCUACCUCAGUCGCCGCCGCCUCAACCGCCACCGCGAACCGGCACGCCACCUGUUGACAAGACGGGCGUGACGUCUUCGCCGAAGCGGCCUUGUGCGACCUCCCGCAGCGGUAGCGUCUGCCCCUGCCAUGCGGACUGCACGCCGGACAAGGGGACGCCCGCUACCUCGCCACGCCACCAGCCCCUGGAGAUGAGGGAGCCCUGGUUUCGCACCGGCAUGCCCAGGGAGACUGCUCUGGAGGUACUGGACCACGAACCGGAGGGCGCGUUCAUGGUGCGCGAGAGCACCAGCAAGCCCGGCUGCUACGCGCUGUCGCUGCGCGUCCCCAGGGACUUCCAGCCGUCCGGCAUCGCGCACUACCUCAUCCUGCGCACCGCCAAGGGAUACAAGAUCAAGGGCUUCACGAAGGAGUUCUCGAGCCUGGCGUCGCUGAUCACGCACCACUCGGUGAUGCCUGAGCUGCUUCCCGUGCCGCUGGCCCUCAGCAGGUACCGCCCCGCGCUGGGCAAGUCCGACUCGAGCCGAGACUUCUCGGACGGCGACUGCGACCGCGACUACAACACGCUGGCCGACCUGCGGCAGAUGCUGGCCGAGCUCAAGAUGUAGCCGCCCCGCCCUGCGCGCACCUCUCCUGCUUCGGGGCAACUGUUCCACGUCCGCUACGACGCAGUCCUCUUCAUAUCCGCUUGUGUCUGGCAGCCAAAAUCGCUAAUACACCACGAGCUCUGCCAGCUCUGGAAAUCGAGAAGGAAAGAAAGAGUUUUCAGGACGUAAUCUUGAAGGCGUGAGGCUCUACAACUGCACUCUAUUGUUUUGCUGUGUCGUUUCACAAUAAUAUAGCAACGUUUGACCAUGGACUUCGGCCAUGCAGAUGUGUAACUGAAUUAAAUUGACGUUGCACAGACCAUCUGAUCAGAAUUAUCCUGAAACGUCUUAUCACGAACAGUACCCCUUAGUUUGACAUUUUACGACGAGUAUCAUCCUAGCCCUUCAGCUCAACUAUCUAUGCAAGCAGACUUCGCGCCAUACUUCUAAAUCUCUUGGGAACAUUAUGCCGUUUAAACUAACGUAAGUCCAAACUAGUUACAAAGAAAGGACUGAAAUUUUUGUUUAAAUGAUUUGUUGUUUUUGUGGCUAACUCUCGUAAAUGCUGAAGUCGAGACGCGUAGCUUCCUUCCUUUGGCACUCUGUGUACCGUGUGAGAUGACACUAACCCAGCACUCUGGAUACAGAUGGCUGCCUGCAGAUAUUUGUUAGGGUACGUAAGCUUACUGUAGCCAUUGAGCCAUAGGGACCCGACUACCUUCCCUGAUACCGCGGAAUUGAAAGAAAAGCAUUUGACUGCACUGUUUCAAACUCCAUGAUGUAUCAUAUCCCAGGAUAGCAUCAAUUCAUAUGAAUAAGGAAAUCGUGUACUUUGCUCAAUCAGCGGAGAUUACGUGUAAUAUGCAUAGCGGAGAAAUGUACUAGUCCGAUGCAUUUUCGUUCCAAGAGUGAAUUCCCCAUCACCGGUUAGUAUCGAACCCGAAAAGAAGGUUGUGAGCAGUCUCGUGUGCUGUCAUCCACGUUAUGAGAGCAACUGACACAAAUUGUAUCUCGCAAGCCGCUUGAAUCUGCAUGCGCAACGGUAUGAGUGGUUAACUUCAAUGGUUACUAACUCGGAAACGGCACAGCGUAUAGAAAUUUUUCGUAACAAUCAUUUUUCUGCACAACAUGUCUUGCAGAUCCCUUACAACAUUUUCAGACUGUUUUUAACUACCAUGUAUAACAGCAUCUUCCGCGAGGAGCUGCGUUGAGCUUCCGAAGUUAUACGCUAGGUCACACUUUAAUGCGGCACGGUAAAUAGUAGUUUGAGAUGUCUCCCUCUCUUCCGACAGAUUUAGUAGAUAAAUUGUUUCACGCAAAUUUAUCUAUAAGCUAAUAUUUUACUGUGGAGGCGUGUCGGCGCUAAGAUUCAUCAAAGACAUUAAUUACGUCCAUCAAAAAGCGGCUGAAAGUUUGCAAUUAAGUUAGUGCCGUCGUGGUCAGUAACAUUAAGAUAGCAAACGCGAGACUGUGUAGGCAAAGACAAGUAUUCCUUAAUAAAUAUUAAUUCCAUCUUAUACAUACGUUCACACAAUUUAGGGCCUUCCCAUAUGUACAGCUGCAUAGUAUGUAGCUGUGGCCCGAAUAACUAGAUGACGCAGUGACGAAACGCCGGAAUGGUAUGCAGGAGGAAGACAGUUCAAAUCCUCGUCCAGCCUCCUAGAUGAGGGUUUUUCUCGGUUUUCUCUAAAUUGCUAAAGAUAAUUUUUAAGGCUACACAGCUGAUUCCCUUCCCUUGAUUCUAAUGAUCGCCAUGUUACGCGGACGUAAAACUCUAUUCAUCUUUCUUCUUACAGAAUCAGAACUCGCUGAAGCAUAUAUAAAACAUGUGCCUGGAAGGAUAGUGGGGAAAAAUUUUAAGUUCUUGAUAUACAUGGUGAAUUUCCUAUCUCACUGCUUCUCUGGCAAAGAGAAUAAUACGUAGGAAAACACUGACACUGAUUUCGCUAAUUCCUCCAAUUCCUUUCCGAUAGUGCUGUCAUCAAAGCCAGGGGUCUAACUCUCUAGAUCGUGCUAAAGAAACUUUUCCUCCCUCGAAACACAAAACUAUUCUUUUCUUCAAAUCAUCCCUGGAGUGAGGUGUACUCGCAGGAAAGGAUUUAUAUAGUAUUUGUAUGCACUAAGGACCGUCCUGUCUGUAUUAUCAAGUGGCACAGAGCAUAGUUCACCACUAAUUCCGUAUGACUUGCUCCCCUGCAAGCUUUCUCCGAUGCCGUCACGCUUUAGAGCAGAGCCAGUACGUGCGCUAUUCACAGCUGAAACUUCUCGCAUAGUAUUCCUGCUACUCCGCCCCAUGAAAUGCCAUUUCUAUUAACGUACGAACGCGGGUGACGUUACAUUCUGUGUUACAGGAUUUUGUUUCAAGUGUUUCUUUUCAUCUCGACAGGAGAAACCCAGUACUAGUUCUCUGCAAUCGUGCUUCCAAUGUGCAGUUCAAAUCUGAUUCAUUUCGCAGAGAAAUGUUACUUUACGCAAUACUCUUCAACUGGCACCACCGCUGCCUCUAGAAACCAGCCACCUCUUACCAGUUUUUACCCCAUGAACUAGUUUCAACAUCAUUGUUGUGUACAAAUUAAAUGUAGUUCAGGAUACCUCUGAUCAGUAUGAAAAAAAUUUUUUUUUGACCUUAAGAUACAACAAUUUAAUCAGAUACCUGAUUAACAGGAGUUUUGAAAAGUGUAUCCUCCUUCGACAACGUUUUUUGCACUUUCAAAACAAACUUACAUUGCAAAAAGAAAAACACUAAAAUAGGAGGAUUCAUUAAAUGAGGUCUACGGGAUAACCGUAUUCAGAGAAGAAAACUUAACUUACAUGGACAACUUCGUACGUCAGUUCGUAAAUCAACAAGCACAGUAACUCUAUAAGCGCAGCGCUCUUUCCAUCAGUAAACAAUGUCUGUUGUUUGCAAGAAACCAUCAUAUUGCCACCCGGGCGUAGACGGAGUCGUGUACUCUUACCAUCGUGUUUGAAUGUAAUAUGAUGUGAUUAUAUGUAUUCGAAAAUAAUGUGAUAAUUUGAUGUAAUCGUGUGUGAAAUUUUUCACGUUUGUCGUAUGACAGGGUACCCCCAUUUACUUCCCAUUCCCAUGUUUUCUUAAAAUCCACGAAAAUAACUCAUGUGUAUUCAGUGUUACUUCUUCCAUGCCGAAAGCUGGCAUACACAAACAACCCCAAGCCGAUAAUAUCUGUGUAUUUGUUGUUGUGAAACCGUAACUGUACAAUAUUGUGUCAUGUGUAAUGAUUGUCGUUCUUAACAAAUAUUAGCAUGUAAGAUUAAUGUGCGAUUAAUGUAUCAGCCAGUAUUAACAAUCACUUCCAGUUGACAUAAUCAGUGUGCUCUUACCAUUUGUAAUAAGGUUUCGUGUUUUCCUCCUGGAGUUUAUGUGGUUAAUGUGUUCAUACGUUUAAAAGAACUCUUGAACGACAUCUUAAAGAAAACAAUGUUACAAAAGGAUACUCAGAUUGUCAGUACGUUUGCUUUGCUAAUGUUCGUAUAACUUCUUCGCCCUGACUUGCAAGCAUGUCACAAGUACUUCAGCAGCUGCUUUUAAACAAAUCGGCAUAGUUUACUGCAAUCGCUAUUGCUUAAAUUACUAAAAAUUGGGUAUAGCGUGCAGAACAUAAUAUAUGUGAGUAACAAAAUUAUUGCGUCUCGUAACGUACUGCUUCGGAUUUUUAUUUGCAACAGUCGUGUUUUAUCGCCUUCUUCAGAGUGGAAGAUAACGAGAAGAGUAUACAAAAUUCGGUCGUCUAGAUAAAUAGAUCGGCGAUGUACAAAGUACUUCACAGGUAGUGAUUACCAAAUGUGCCGGAAGAAACGGUUCAUGGAACGCGUUACAAAAAUACGGAAAUAUUCGCGCAAGAAAGUAUAUAGAUAUAUUUUAUUUAUUUCGGAGUCGAACAGAUAGCUCUAGAAUUUAUAGCCCAAGAUCGACAAACAGGUGAAUGAAAUUGUUUAACUUUUGUAUAUGACAUGAUACUGUUUGUUUAAACUUGUAAAAUGUUUGUAGCAUUGUUUAACAGAUGUAAUAAACGUAUGUUUUUGUGGA